UAAUCGUUCGUCUCUGUCGCGCGUGGCCGUUUUUUCUUUUGUUCGCGUCGUUUUACCAUGUCUUUGUCUAUUCUUUGCACGGGUGUACAGCUGUCAUCGCCGUGCUCCGAAUUUAAUGGAGUCUGGAAGAACGUUUGUGUCGUAAAAGCGAGGAAAUUCCGAUGAACGCCGUCCAGUAGUGUAUCCUUGUAUAUUUUGCAAAGUUCGUGUUGAGUGUCGUGUCGCGUUUACGUAAACCGUGCUCGUUUGCUUUCCGUCAAAUUCCGAGAGCCUUGGUAAUUAUGAAUUAAUGAAGGUGUAGUAGCUGGUAGUUACGAUAUGGCUGAGUACCGAUCAGGUUCUUAUUGUGUAUCGUCUGGAGUAGGCAGUGAUUCGGAAGUCAUGGCAGAACUAGCCGCAUUUCUUGGUCAAGAAAUCCCUGAAGGGAGAAGCAACCUUGCAGAUAAUCAUAUAAAUCUUGAACGAGUUGCUGAUUAUUGCGAGGCAAAUUACUUUCAAGCUGAAAAUAAAAGAAUAGCCUUGGAAGAAACAAAGAAUUUUACAACUCAGUCCUUGGCCAGUGUAGCCUACCAAAUAAAUACUCUUGCCUAUAAUUUUUUACAAUUGCUGGAUUUACAAACGUCCCAACUGGCUGAGAUGGAGAGUCAAAUGAACCACAUUGCUCAGACAGUCAUGAUACACAAAGAGAAAGUAGCCAGAAGAGAAAUUGGAGUUUUAACAUCCAACAAGAUUACAGUACGUCAGUACAAAAUUAUUGCACCCGCAAAUCCUGAGAAACCAAUUAAAUAUGUGAGGAAAAGUAUAGAUUACACAGUCUUGGAUGACAUUGGUCAUGGAGUACGUAGUAGUGGCACUCCUAGGAGUAAGCAACGCGGUGGUAGUCAGGGUAGUGUUCAAAGUUUAGGAGCAGCUUCUACUGGUUCUGGAUUAGGUGCUGCUAUGGUAGGACCAGCUCCUACAACCAAACCACCUACUCCUCCUCAGACAGUAAGAACUGGAACAUUGAGCAAAGGAUCACGAGAAUAUAGGACACCACCUGCGGUAGCUCCACCUCAGGUUCCUAGUCAUUAUGCCCCCAAUUACCCAUUGGGACAUCCGAGGAGAGAACGUGGACCUGGUUAUAGUACCUUGCCUUUACAUGCCCAUACCACGUCUCACGGUACCCUUAACGCGAAUCACAGUGUUCACCCCAAUGCUGUAGCUCAACAUACCUCACCACCCCAAAUAGGUACGGUUCAUCCGUUACAAAGUCAUCCACAAACACCACCACCUGCACCACCUAGUGUAACAGCAGGGUAUGUUCAGGAACAACACAACAGCAUGCCUCCUCCACCUUCUCCACUGGUCGGUAUAACUGGCGAUAUGGCGGAGUACGGUGGUCACCACACUCUGCCGCACAGACUGACACAUCAAGUCAGUCGGAGUAGUGGUGCAAGUAGCCCACCGUUGCCACCGCCGCCGCCUCCCGAACAGGAUGAACACUCGCAAUUCGGUAGACCCAUACAGUCCAGUGGGGCUAUCAUGCCUAUAGUGCCAGACGAGGAAGACCUGCCUGGUUGGGUGCCAAAGAAUUACAUCGAGAAAGUGGUUGCAAUUUACGAUUAUUACGCUGACAAGGAAGAUGAAUUGAGCUUCCAGGAAAGUUCAGUAAUUUAUGUAUUGAAAAAGAAUGAUGAUGGGUGGUGGGAGGGGGUCAUGGAUGGUAUAACGGGUUUGUUUCCCGGAAAUUAUGUAGAGCCCUGCGUUUAAUAAGUCCAUCACGACAUUGCAUUUGAAUGUAUCAAAAUUGUGAAUGAUCUUUGUUCACAGAAAGACUGUAAAAUUGAGGGACGCAACCGAAUCCCUGGUUUUAAUAUCUUAUUUAGUAUAUCGAUAAGCGUAGCGUUAAGGUCGAUCGUUACAACGGUGUGGAACGGUGCGACAUAGAACGAUAGACGACGCAAUAAAAACUGUAAACACAGAUACUUCCUGAAACAAUCUCAAGCAUCACGUGACUUUUCUAAAGAAAAAAAAAUCAAACUAAAUAAUCUUCGCAUCGAUACGAUAAAGUGUAUUUUUUGGUAAAAUAGUAUCGCUAACGUAAUCUUCGGUGAUUAUUUUACCUCGAUUCGCAACGGAUCGUAUUUACAUACGUAUAUACAUAUAGGUAGAUAAAGAUCUGUAAUUAUCAUUCAUCUAUACGGUACGUUAGCGGUUGAACUGUAUUUAUGUAACUUAGGUGUAAUCGAGGUGGCGUUAGCUAUAGGCUAACGUGCAAUCAAAAUACCAAACGUCCUGUUCAACGAGAAUCCUAGCGCCUUGCGUCGACCGCAAACUUUGUAACAUGAAUUGCUUUCAGGAAUCGAAUGCAUCCUUCCAAUGGGCGCGUAGGCGUAACGAGUUUAUUUUAAUAAUCGAUAGUGUAUAUUUACUUCAGUAUUUUAUUUAUCGCAAAGAAAUAAAGUAGAGAAAGGAUCCUUAUGCUGCAAAGGAUCACCUCCAAUCCUGUUCGUGACGCCAGUUCAUUGUGUAUCCAUAACUCGGUCGAUUAAUGUACGUAUCGUUUAGGUUUCGAUCAUUUUCAUUUCACCAGGCAUUUACGCGGUGCUUAGCCACGCGAAGCUGAGUGCCCUGCACAAUAUUCGUACAUUGUGCGGCGCUAAUUAAGUCAUUAGCGAACUAUUAAAACAGAUAUAAGUAUCGUGUAAUUGGCUACUUAACGUACCAGACAUGUCCUCUCUCGUUUCCCUUUCCAUGCUCCCUGAGAUGCUUGCAUAGACAAUAAGAACCUCGUUUCCCCCGAGGAUUACGCAUUUCGAAGUAGGGUGGCAUGUUUUCACGAGUGGAACGAAAAUGUGGGAGUAUGGAGAUUUUUUGGGAUCGUCGAACUUUUUUAACGACGCGUUUUUAGCUGUCAGUGAUGAAGGAUGCAAGCGAAUGUACGAACUACGAUUGUAUUUAUAAUCAAAUAAACGAAGUUGCAAUACAAU